AUGGCCAGCACCGACUCCGACUCUCAACGUUGUUCCCCUGCCACAAAGGUCAAGUCCACGCUGCCGCCCGAAAAGGUCUUCUCGAUCCAAAUCGGGACCGAGCUCUUUCGUCUUUCCGGGGCGUCGAUCGCCUCCGAUGCCCCGUCCUAUUUCUCCCAGUUCUUCGAAGAACAAUUGCGCCAGAACGGAGAGAACGCGACUAUCCGGACGCUAUACAUUGACCGAGAUCCAGAAACGUUUCGAGAGAUUGCCAGACAUCUGCAGGGCUAUCAUGUAGAACCCAAGGAUGAGUCGCAAUUUGUCAAACUGUUCGCGGACGCCCAAUUCUACACGUUACCCCGACUGAUCUCCCAGCUAUUCGAAUCCCAAAUCUUCAUCCAAAUCGGCGAACGCCAUUUCCAAAUCUCGCGCGACAUCUUCUCCGGACCCGGAGACUCCCCCAAUUUCUUCUCCCUCGGAUUCGCCAUCUUCUUCGCCAACCCGAGCGAGAUCUUCCCCGGCCUAGACCGUCACGGUCUGCUACGCCCGCCCGCCAUCGUCCCCCCACGCGUUACCCACCGCUCAGGCGACGUGUUCGCACAACUCCUCCAUCUCCUUCGCGGAUACCCCCUCCAGAUCAAUAAUGAGGAGCAUCGCGCCGAACUUCUCCGCGACUGUCGCUACUUCCACCUCCGCGGCCUAGAACAGAAACUCAUCCCACACCACAUCAGCUUCAAUCCUAUCCGACAACGGUCAGAGAUCGUCAUUCGCUUAGACGAUGUGCGGCCGUCUGGCAUCCGCCAUGCACGCGAUGACAAUUCGAGGGACACCGGCUCCACAACUCGCGACCGGGUGACGUACGCGCGCCCUUUUGUAGACGAGACGCCGCACGAUCUAAUCCUGGAAAUCGGCGACGAAAGUACGAUUCUCGAUGCACGCGCCAUGCGCGCGGGGUUCCUCAAUCUGGCGAAAGCCCGCAUGUCGAGCUUGGCCCAGAUCAUUGCCAAAAGCGUCGGCCUUGAGGGCCCCCUGUACAGGACUGGGGAAUCGGCACACUCCUCUACUGGCGGAGACAGCUUCUCGAUCCGAUUCGAGCGCGAGACCGAGCUGAUCCUCAACGGGCAGACUGUAGAUCGCCUAGAUUUUCCUAGCGGGACGGCAGAAUCCUCCGAGCGGCCACCUGCGAAACGCAAGCGCGUAGAGGAGGAUCUGGAGUCUGGGAGCCUGGUAGUGAGGAAAGGACAGUGGCGUUUAGUAGUUGAGUCUGGUCUCGCAGCGAGCGCGGAGUUGGUUCUGAUAGCGGUCAAGUUGGAUGUUUACACCGAGGAGAGGGUGAGGAAUCGCUCUAGGGAAUUUUUGGGUUCUUGA